AUGCCUGAACUAAACUUUUAUUUGGAAAUUAAAAAUAGGUUGUUUAAAAAAGAGAAUUUUCUCAAUGAAAUCAAGAAAUUUGUAUUGGGAUAUGUCUUGGUAGUUGGAAAUAAAAAUUUUCUAAAAAGAUUAAUAAAGAUGUAUAUUAAUUCUUCACAAGAUGAAUCACAAGAAUACUUGGUGGAUAUCCUAAUUUCGUCGAAUGAUGAAAACAAUAAUAAUGACUCUAUAUUUGACUUCGAGCAAGUUUUAUAUGAGCAAGCCUUAGUUUUAACAGAACUUGAAAAUGAUCUGUGGAAAGAAUUUAAUGCAAAAGACAUAUCAGUUUUACAAAAAAUAAACUAUGAGAAAACUGGUGGCAAAUUCAUUAAAGAAAUUCCUUCAGUUAAAGCAAAACUAAUUACAUCAUAUAAUCUUUUAAAAUAUUCGCCGUCCCAUUGGCUUGCUAUGCGUAACCCAGUUGUAGUAAAAUUUAUAAAUACUCUUACAUACAAUGAAAAUGAAGACCAUUAUGAAGGCGAAAAACUUUUUAAAUGUGCUAUAGCAAUUGAUAUUAUAUAUGGAAUAAGACAUCUAAAAUAUGUAUCCGCAGCUAAUUUAGCACUAUCGGCAAUAAAGUAUUCUAUAGCCAAAUCUAAAACAAUAAUUGAUAUCGAUAGUUAUAUUAUAAGUUCUGGUAGUUUUACUAAGUUUAUUAAAUGGCAAGAAAAUCUAGCAGGUAAUCCCGAGCUAUUUCCAAAUGGGUUGGUAUUUAUGGCAUUCGAUAAUGAACAAAAAGGACAAAAAAACUACUUAGAUCGUGGACAUAAUAAAGUAACUUUUCAUACAGUUACUAGCUUUGUUUUGUUUAAUUUUAAUCCUAAUAAUCAAAUACAAAAUUUCGAAAGUCCUUGGUUAAAUCAAAAUCUUGACGCGUCACAAAUUGAGAAAUUAUUUGGCCUCACUUCGGAAAUGCAAAUAUUACUUGACCGCCAGCUUCACGAUUAUCUUUUGACUAUCAUAACUGAAUUAUCUAAAGAAAAAAGUGAAAAUAUAAACGUUAUUGAUAAUUUGGUAAUUAAUCAAAGUGCUAAAACAAAUAAUCAAAAACAAUGCCGUGAAUGUGGUAAAAAUGAAAUCGAAAACUCUAAGCGUAAAUGUCCUCAAUGUAAUGCAAAACUUCCUACACUUGCUGAAACUCAACAAGAAAAUGAACAAACUAUAUCCGAUAAAAAAGAUUCAUCUGUCGCUAAUUUUUAA